ACUUCUUGCUCUUCUUGCUGUUCCCACCUGUAACUAGACGGAAACCCACCUCGGUCGUCCGUCCUGACAUACGCCAUUCAUUCUUGUGACUGGACAUGACCAGUCGGCAUCGAACACGAACUACACAUACUCAACGACAAGAGGAUGCCCCGUCAUGGACCCCUAACGAACCUGAACCCGGAUAUUCGCGCCAGGCCAUGGCCUCCACCCAGCGUCACAACGCCGAGCAGACCACCGCCGAUGGCCACCGCAAGCAUCGCUCUUCCUCAAAGCGGGCAGAGACAUCAGACGCUGUGGCUCCCUCGGCACCUGUGACCUCGCAUAGCAAGUCGUCCAGCAAGCAUCGUACCUCUGCGCAGCCGUCUACCUCGUACCACGGCACGUAUCCGGGGGCGAAUGCAACGUCUAGUGCUGCGCCGGUAGCUACGCCGUCGUCGAGGACCCAUGGAGCAUACUACGCUGACGACACAUCGCGGUCGUACGCACGGACCAAAACAGAUAAGCCAAGCCCUCGCUCAUCAAACGAGCGUGUAGCCAUGGCCGAGGAUAGCAGGAGCGCACGCCAUGCACGCUCAGCGUACCCGACCAUGGCCACGGUCCAGGCGCCGGCGUCGACUCAGGCAUACUAUAUUGACCCCUCACAAGCAGUCGGCGAAACUUCAUCGUCUAAACACCGUCGAGAGCGCGACAAGGAUCGCGACAAGGAGCGAGAGAGGGAGAGGCGGAGGGAAGAGAAGGCGAAGGCAAAACUGCAGGAGGCCGAGAGUCUGCGGGCGAAAGAGAAAGAGCGCGAUCGAGAGCGUCGAAGGGAACGCGACCGGGAGGUCGAACGCGCGAGCAGAGAUAGAGAAGGGCACCGAGAUUCAGAGCGGACCAGGGAGCGUGAAAGUAGUAGGAGGAAGGAGGAACGCAAGGCGGCCGAGAGAGCCUCAUCGCAUGUCCAGGCGAAUACAACAGCAUAUAGGCCUCAACAGGUCGAUGAUAGACUGCCCACAGCAUCGGUAAGUAGUGAUCAUUCGUCAUGGUCGUCCGAUCUACUGACACCUUGUCUUACAGGGUCGGUAUGCCGGGCAAACGGGCCAGUCCUCAAUAGCGACGGCGCAGCAUGCUGCAGUUCCGAAUGGCUAUGCGGCGUCCGGUGCUUCAAUGGUUUACCACGACCCAGCGGCUCAAGCAGCGGCUCAUCGGCGACCGUCUGACCCACCGUCCGCGCCUAUGGCUGUGCCACAGCGAAGUUCAGAGCGCGACAAAAGCUCUACUCGCCAUCACCGGUCACAUCGUGAACGAGUUGCGGGACAGGGAAGUGGCCAAGAGUCCGGGAUGUCGAGCAGCGAACAGGAACACUCGCUAAGGGAACGUGUGAGUCGUAUGC